UAAAACGCCCGCGUGUCGAUGCAGGUUCGUUAGAGAGAGGACGCAUUCGUUGGAAUUCCUAGCUUGCAAGAGAGAAAGGAGAAUUACCAAAAGAAAAGCUGAAAAACAGAAAGAAAGAAAUGGCAGCGAGAGACAGGGAUCUAGAGCGUUUAAUACCCAUUCAAAAUCCAGAUAUUAAUAUUAACAAUAUCAUUACCAAUGGAGGGUCUAAUUCUUCCUCUGAAUCUGUCUCUCCUAUCAUCUCUUCUCAUCACUCCUCCAGCGAAGAGGCAAUGUCUAAAGUCAUCAGAAGCUGGGCUUCGAAGAAGUUCAUGUCUGGAUGUGUCAUUUUGCUUCCUAUGGCCAUCACAUUCUGCAUCACUUGGUGGUUUAUUAGUUUUGUGGAUGGAUUCUUCUCUCCAAUCUAUGCUCAUUUUGGAGUCAAUAUAUUUGGUCUUGGAUUUGUGACCUCCAUAUCUUUCAUCUUCCUGAUUGGUGUGUUCAUGUCCUCAUGGUUGGGAGCUUCUGUUCUUGGCUUGGGAGAAUGGUUUAUCAAGAAAAUGCCUUUUGUUAGCUAUAUUUACUCUGCUUCUAAACAAAUCAGUGCAGCAAUUUCCCCAGAUCAGAGCUCCAACGCCUUCAAGGAAGUGGCCAUCAUAAGGCAUCCACGUCAUGGGGAAUAUGCUUUCGGAUUUAUCACAUCCAUUGUUAUUCUUCGUGGAAGCAUGGGCGCAGAGGAACUGUGCUGUGUUUAUGUGCCUACCAACCACCUUUAUCUUGGAGAUAUUUUCCUCAUCAGUUCGAAGGAUAUUUUGAGACCUAAUCUCUCAGUUCGAGAAGGAAUCGAAAUUGUCAUCUCAGGGGGAAUGUCAAUACCACAGAUAUUGAACACAAUGGAUUCACAUGCUGUUCAUGCAACAGGACUUGGUAAAUUCGCAGUGCCACCAGUAUAGUUGUUUUCAACAAUUUGUCAGGUUUACACUUCAAGAAGAAUUGUGCAUAUAAUGCCAGGCAGUAUUGCGUCAUCCCAGGGUGAAGCAAUGGUCCUGGUCUGCUAAUCAGUAGAAGCAUUAGAUUUUUUAUGUUUUGAAGGGUUAGUUUUUAAUUCCGAGAGAAAUCUUAUAAUACUGAAUGGGAUUUCUGUAUGUCUAAUUACACUUUUUUUUUCCUUAGCAGAAUUGAUUUUGGAGGUUAAUGAUUGAUAUGAUUUGAAUGUUAUGAUAAGCAUCAAGUUGGCUCAGUCAUCUGAAGUCAAUCGGAAAUUACAUUGUUAAGCUUUUCACGAA